GGGCACUAAGAGACAACCUUACAAAAAGGGAAAGCAAAAGAGAAAAAACGUACAACUUGUAUGCUCUCAAUGGCUCUUCUCCACUUUCCUCUUUCUUCUGCAUUCUCUUUUCAUGGAGCUGCUCUACCAUCUACAAACUAUCAACCUUCUUUUACUAUGUUAAAAUAUGUUGUGGUUGAACGUGGAAUGUGCAUAAAAGCAUCGAUACAAACUCAAAGUGGUGAUGUUAUUGUGAGGCAAUGUGCAAAUUACAAUCCUCCUUUGUGGAAAGAUGAUUUUAUUCAAUCAUUACAUAAUGAAUUCAGGGGAGAAACAUAUAGGAGACGAUUUAGUCAAUUAAAAGAACAAGUUCAAACAUUGCUGAAAGAAGAAAGUGACUCUUUGGAGCAGCUCGAACUCAUUGAUGCCUUACAAAAGCUUGGAAUAUCAUACCACUUUGAGAGUGAAAUUAAAAAUAUACUACAAAGAAUAAGCAACAAGUCUCUUAAAGAGGAUAGGAAGAAGAAUAGUCUCUACGCAACAUCUCUUGAAUUUCGACUUCUAAGACAACACCAAUUUGAUAUUUAUGAAGGUGUUUUCAAUGCCUUCAAAGAUGAGAUGGGGAAUUUAAAAACAUGCUCUUAUGAAGAUAUAAAUGAAAUGUUAUCUUUAUAUGAAGCUUCAUUCUUAUCAACUAAAGGGGAGACUAUUUUGGAGGAAGCAAAAUGCUUUGCAGUAAAAUAUCUAAAUGAAUUCAUCAAAUCAAGCAAAGAUGAACUCAAAGUAGAGAUUGUAGAGCAUGCCUUGAAGCUUCCUUUACACUGGAGAAUAGAAAGAUUGGAGGCAAGAUGGAGUAUUGAUAUAUAUGAGAGAAUAGGAACCCUAAAUCCUAUUCUUCUUGAAAUUGCUAAACUUGAUUUCAACAUGGUGCAAUCUAUUUACCAAGAAGACCUUAAGUAUGCAUCAAGUUGGUGGAGAGACACAGAGCUAGGAGAAAAGAUGAGCUUUGCAAGAGACCAACUGAUGGAAAAUUUCUAUUGGACAGUAGGCAUUGGAUUUGAACCUGAGCUUUCAUAUUUUAGAAGAAUGGGCACAAAGAUUGUGACAUUGAUUACAAUGAUUGAUGAUGUUUAUGAUGUCUAUGGCACAUUGGAUGAACUCAAACUCUUUACAACUGCAAUACAGAGGUGGGAUAUUGGAGCAAUGGACCAACUUCCUGAGUACUUGAAACAAUGUUUUUUUACUCUCUACAAUUCAAUAAAUGAGAUAGCUUAUGAAGCACUAAUCAAUCAUGGAGUUGAUGUCAUGCAAUACCUCAAGAAAGUGUGGGGAGAUUUGUGCAAAUCUUAUUUAAUAGAGUCAAAUUGGCAUCACAGUGGCUAUAAACCAACGUUGGAAGAAUAUAUGAACAAUGCAUGGAUAUCAGUAGCAGGACCACUUAUGUUAGUUCAUUCAUAUAUUUUUGUAUCAGCUCAAAUAUCAAAGCAAGAAUUGGAGAGAUUGACAAAAUAUGAAGAUACAAUUCGUUGGUCAUCAACAAUUAUGAGACUUGCAAAUGACCUAUUAACACCAUUGAAUGAACAAAACAUUGGUGAUGUUCCAAAAUCAAUUCAAUGCUACAUGAAUGAAACAGGCACUUCAGAGAAAAAUGCUCGUGUUUACAUAAAACAUAUGGUAGAUGAGUUAUGGAAGAAGUUAAAUGAAUAUGAUGAUGAGAAACUUGUGUCCUCACAACCCUUCGUCAAGAUGCCUAAGAAUCUGGCACGAAUAUCUCAAUGUAUGUAUCAAUAUGGAGAAGGAGAUACAUUAGAUCACAACAAGACAAAAGAAAGUGUGGUGUCUCUUCUUGUAACACCUAUUAUCAUUCAUUAAUAUAACUAACCAUUAAAUUUAUAGUUAGAAUAACGGUAAUGCUUCGAGUUUAGGUACUGAAAAACAAGAAUAAACUGAUAUCACGUCAGAGAUGUAUCAUAAGAAUAUGAAAGUAUAGGUAAGAAAAGUUUUAAAAAGAAUAAAAAGUUACUACUAUAUUUCCUUUGUGUGAA